AUGCGAAGUGUGAUCAUCAAUCUAAUUGUAUUAAUAUGGAGUUUAAUGAUGGAUGGCUAUGUUAUAAGUGAAAAUCGUGGAAUUAAAAGUGGUCUUGUUUACUGUGAAAUUCAAUCAUGGGUAUUACCGUUAUAUUCCUUUUUCACGUUAAUUGGUAUUAUUAUUGCAAGUUUUCAAAUAUGUAUUUUGACAUUUUGUUGUGGAUGUCGAAAACCGGAACAAUGUUUAAAAGUUCGAAGUUAUGUUAUUGAUAUUAUAUGGGCAUUUUUUAAAGAAGUUCCACAAAUAAUUAUAUUAUUAGAUCUAAAUUUAUGUCGUGAUGGAUGGUUUAAACGUAGUUCAUUAGCUAAAGCAAUAUUUUCAAUUUGUGUUACACUAUGGAAAUUAUAUAAUAUGUAUACUUUUCUUACUACAGAUACAAAUUCAGAUGAUAUACCUAUAUGGUGUCGUACAAAACGUUUAUAUUACUGUUUUCCUAUAAGUUUAAUGCCAAUAUGGACAGUAAAUUUAAUUGUUUCAAUAAUGAUUGCAGUUAUAUUUAUUAAUCGUCCACGUGGACCAGGUGAUAUUAAUAUACCAGGUGCAAUACGUACACUACAUGUUAAUGACAUUUAUCUUUAUGAAAAAUAUAUUAAUCGUAGUGGAAUAUAUUUAAAAUGGCCAUAUAAUAAAAAUGUAAAAUAUUAUAUGAAAUUAAUUGAAAUUGAUCAUGUUAUGGCUAAUUAUAAAAUAAAAGUUCAUUUAUCAUUUGGAAAUAUGAUUAAUAAUAAUAAUAAAUCUGCCAUAUGUUUUGAACGUUCAUUAUUUGAUUUAACACCUCCAAGAUGUUUUAGUUUAAUUGAUAAUAAUACAUUAGAAAUUGUUUCAACUAUUGAUGUAAUUGAAAGAAAAAAUGCAACAUUUACAUUUAUCUAUCGUGAACAACGUAAUCAAUAUAAUAUUGGAAAUAUUAUUUAUUCUGGUGAAUUAUCAAAUAAUAAUUUAUUUUUAGAUAAAUUAUUAUAUUUUCGUUUAAAACAGUAUAAUGCUCAAAAUGAUGAUGAUUUUUUGAUGAGAAUAAAUAAUUAUGUUAAUAUAUCAUCAAUAAAUCAAUUGUAUGAAUUUUAUACAAUUGGAAAAUAUUUAAUACCAAUUGAAAAAGAAUGGAGAUAUGGAGUAGGAAAAUGUAAACCAUGUGUACUUGGACCAAAAAAAGAUUAUUAA